AUGUUCUCCUGCAACACCAGCACUUCUGGUCAGUCUACUUUCCUCCUCACUGGUUUUCCAGGCCUGGAAGCCUCUCAUCACUGGGUUUCCAUCCCCAUCAACCUCAUCUGUGUGGUUUCCAUCUUGGGUAACAGUAUCAUCCUCUUCCUGAUCUGCACAGAUACAGCCUUACACGAACCCAUGUACAUCUUCCUGUCCAUGCUGGCAGCCUCUGAUCUGGGCCUUUGUGCCUCCACCUUACCCACCAUGGUGCGUCUCUUCUGGUUGGAAGCUCGUGAGCUGCCCUUUGAUCUCUGUGCAGCACAGAUGUUCUUCAUCCAUGCCUUCACCUAUGUGGAAUCUGGAGUACUGCUGGCCAUGGCCUUUGAUCGCUUUAUUGCCAUCCGGGACCCUCUGCAUUAUGCCACAAUCCUUACCCGCUCAGCCACAGCCAAAGUGGGAACUGUGAUUCUGGUAAGGGCUAUUCUGCUCAACCUCCCAGGACCUAUCCUACUGCAGCACCUGCUCUUUCCCCAGAUCAGCGUACUCUCUCACUGCUACUGCCUACACUGUGACCUUGUGAGUUUGGCCUGCUCAGACACCCAAAUCAACAGCCUGGUUGGCCUGGUUUCCAUCCUCUUCUCACUCUGCCUUGACUCCUCCCUCAUCAUGCUCUCAUAUGCCCUGAUCCUACGAACAGUGCUGGGCAUUGCAUCACCUGGAGAACAGCUCAAGGCCCUCAACACACGUGUGUCACACCUCUGCAUUGUUCUCAUCUUUUAUUUGCCCAAACUGGGGCUUUCUGUGUUGCACCGAGUAGAGAAACACAGCUACACUUCUCUGGCAGUGCUCAUGGCCAACCUACACUUCCUGGUCCCACCUUUCAUGAACCCUAUUGUGUAUUCCAUCAAGUCUAGGCAGAUCUGUCAUAGCCUCCUAAAGCACCUCCAGAAGAGGAUUGAUGCUUUCUAG